AUGUCGGGAGCGGGCGCUCGGGGGCAAGGGGGAGGCUCCCCGGGCGCCUCAGUGGGGAGGAUUUCAUGGGGAGUGAGGUGGGGGAGCAGAGCUCCGCACUCUCCCUCCCCUCUGCAUCAGGUCCGGGGUGUCAGACCCCCGGGAGACCACGGCGCCGUGAGGGGCUCCCGGUGCCUCUCUCGCCUGCCAGGCGCUUGGUGUGAGGUGGCGGCUGGCGCGGGCGGGCGGGGCUGAGGGCAGGGCCGCUUUGCGGGCGGAGCUCGACCGCCGCCGUUGCCUGGUAGCGGUAGAGCCGUCCUUCCCCUCUCCGUCGCUCCUCCGGCGGUCGGUGAGCGGGGAUGAAGGACACCGACUGGUGCCUGAGCUCGGCGGGGGCCGCCAUCGUCCUGGCCACCUCCAGCGACGAGGAGCACCCCGCCGAGAACAUGGCGGACGGGAGUUCAAAAACCUUUUGGACAACGACAGGCAUGUUCCCACAGGAAUUCAUUAUUGGUUUCCCUAAACGUGUAAAAAUCAGCAAAGUCGCAAUCCAGUGUUAUUUGGUUCAGACUUUAAGGAUUGAAAGAAGCGUAUCUGAAGACCCAGUAGGUUUUGAGCAGUGCAUUGAAAAAGAUCUGCAGCACACGGAAGGACAGCUUCAAACAGAAGAAUUUUCACUUCCUGAUUUCCAAGCCACUUACUUGCGUUUCAUCAUCAAAUCUGCCUUUGAUCACUUUGUAUCAGUGCACCGGGUGAUGGCAGAGGGCACAGCAGAAAAUGCUUAGGUCUAGCUUAAUUUAUACCUCUUUUUUGUUUUAAUAGAGAAGUUAUAUUUUGAUAUCUAUAGUGCAGAGAGUAUUUAUUAUUAAAACCUUGUAUUAAAGCAUUUUUUGAAAGUGCAGCUGUGGUAUGUAUUCCCCACCAGUUUAAUGUAUGUAAUGCAGUACUCACAAUAAUUUUAGUAACAGUGCUCUAGUUUUAUAAAUUAAAUUGUUACCCUACAACAUAACUUAGUCCAUGUAAAUUAAUAUGUUUAUAUCAGGCUUUAUAAAUAUGUGAAUUAAAAUUCAAUU